GAGUCUACUUAAGCCUCCCAAAACCCUUCAUCUACUCUCCUCCACCGAGGACACAUGCCCUCCUCUCUCCCUAAAACGGACUUUCCGUCCAAACGUCCGUUACCUCACGUGAUCUUCCGUUAAGUCACGUGAGCUUUAAAAAAGCCCCUUGCUAGUAAUGCCCGUUAACUCCCCAGCCUCCGUUAACGGAGAACCCCCCAGCCCGGCUCCGUCAACUAACGGCCCUGUUAACGCCGUCAUCGACGACCUGAAUCGCCCGCCACGUCUGCCGCGCUGGACGCGCCAGGAGAUCCUCGUCCUCAUCGAAGGCAAGAAGGUAGCGGAGAGCCGGGUCCGUCGCGUCGGACGGGCUAACCCCACCAGUGCUGGCUCUUCUUCGGCUACCGUCGAGCCCAAAUGGGCGUCCGUCGCGUCGUACUGUAGGCGGCAUGGCGUGAACAGAGGGCCCGUGCAGUGUAGGAAGAGAUGGAGCAAUCUGGCCGUUGAUUUUAAGAAGAUCAAGGAAUGGGAAUCGAAGGCUGUGGAUGGAUCCGAUUCGUUCUGGAUCAUGAGGAGCGAUGUGAGGCGGCAGAAGAAAUUGCCGGGUUUCUUCGAUCGGGAGGUUUAUGAGAUUUUGGACGGUGGGGCGGCGGAUAAGGCGAAGAUCGAAGACGAGGCGGGUUUUGAUGAUCACGGGCACGACGCUGGGAACGGUGAGGAUGAAUUGGUUUCGGAAUUCGACCGAUCCGGGCGGGACGAGGUGGUGGGGGAGGGUGGUGUGGCCGCACCGGUGCCGAUUUCAGAAAAGCAGUAUGAACCAGAACAAGGACAUUCAGAUCCAGGCAGGACGAAUGAGAAACAACCAGACCUUGAUCCUGAGAAAGAGUCUACCUCCCAGGAAGGAGGACAGAAGCGGAGGCGAGUGUCGCCGGAAAGAGGAGGUGAGGUCACCAACCUGCAGGAGCGUUUGAUCAGCGUACUAGAUCAGAACAGCAAAAUGCUGACGGCCCAGCUCGAAGCUCAGAACAUCAAUUGUCAAUUGGACAGAAAUCAAAGGGCGGGCCAAGGCGAGAGUUUGGUGGGUGUCCUUAGUAGAGUGGCGGAUGCUCUUGGAAGAAUUGCAGACAAGUUGUAGCGCUAGUGUAUAGAAGAUACAUGCCCGAGUAAAUUAUUAGUAUGUUAUUUGAUCCCGACUCAUCAUUUCAAUGUACAGUUAUUGAGAGGCUCUAAAGUUCCAUAUAUAUGUGGUCCACUUUGGCUAGUUGAUCUGAUGGUGAGAAAUCAUAGCCAUAUUCAAUUAUCUUUUACUAGGAUAUAUGAAUUUAAUAAGAUGGUCGUACCUCUUUCCAUGUGAA